CUUACUUUUCUUGCUUUCAAGACUCCAGCUUUGAGUUGCCUUUUGCUUAUGUUAUUUAAUAGUGUUUCACACUGUUCAGCAUCUGGGUUUCUUUUAUUUCUUCUCUGGAAUUUGCCAUUUAAGUUUAUACAAUUGAAGAUAUCACUUGUCACCAUGUUUCAUGUUAUGGGAUUGGGAAUGCUUUUCAAGCUCUGAACUUAAAGCCCUUGGUAAGAAAUUGUAAAGCUACAUUCCUAAAGAAAAAAUUGCAUGCCUAAAUGAAUUAACCAAGUAGCUUUGUUGCAAAAUAAGAUGAAUGGCAUGUGUGUAACUACGAUGAGAACUGAAUUGUGGCUUUCUAAUCUUAGUUCUGGUGCAAAAGUUUACUGUAAUAUCCUAAACUUUUUAAUCCAAGUUUUAGGAACAAUCAGUUCUUAAAGUUGAACCAAAAUAAAAGGUGGUAGUUCCUCAGAAGUUAUGGAUUUGAGAUUAUGGGAUUUGUGAGAUGUGUUCAAUUACUCAUGUUUGGAGAUCCAAGGUAUCAAUCAUUUGACACUUUGAAUGUUUUAAGAUUUUAAUAAUGCAUUUGGUAAUCCUGUUGGUAAAAUGUGGAGAAGACAUUCGCCCAGACAUGUCCAUUGAUUUAAAUUUUGUGCUGGAAAUUGCAUUUUUAUUAUCUAUCAGAUCAUAAACACAUAUGAUUUGUUGGAUCGAUGCAGACUGAAUUCAUUGUUUUGUAUGUUCAUGAUUUUGACCAUGUGUCUAUUAAGCAAUUUGAAAUGACGGGGAUCAUAAUGUUUUGAUAUCUCAUGAUUCACAUCUAUUUGAUAUGAAUUUUGACAGUUAUGAAGAAUAAUCCCUUUUUAAGAUUGUUCUAAUAGUGUUCUUGUUCUCACUUAAGCAUUGAGCUGUUGUGAGGGAAAUUCUGGCUGGUAUCAUUUUAUUCUUGUCUUGAUCUUUCCCAUGGCACUUAAUGCAAGCAAGGUUUCGAGCAGCCCUUUUGUGACUCAAAGGAAACUUACCUCUACAUCUCAUGGAAUCAUAUGUUCCUUUUCCAAGUCAUUCCAAAAAAAUAAACUACACCCUACUCAUCAAGGAAUUGAGCUUCAACAACUGAGCAGUAAGCAUCUCUUGACAGCAAAAUUGGCCUUCUCUGGUGAGAGUUUGCAGGGCAUACAUGGAAAACCAGUUAGUCUCAUCAUCUCUCGCAGAUCUUCCACAUUAUGCCAGUCAACAAGAACUCAUAGAACUGAAGAAAAAGAAUGUACUAGACCAUACAGUGACAGUUCUGAUUCAUCCAGGGCACAAGUUGGAGAAAAGGAAGAUGAGCAUCAACUCAUGUCUGGGAGAACUAUUCACUCAUGUCAUGCUUUAGCUGAAGCAUGUAGAUUUGUAUAUAAUGAUGCCAAGUUUGUAAAUGAAAGGGCUCGCAACGACAUUAUUUUACUUUCACGUGGGAUAUCAAGGCUGGAUGCUCGUGCACGUAAAGGUGUUGCGAUUCUUGGGUCUGGGUUUCUUAAACUCGAUGCUCGAGCAAGAGAGGACACUGAGAAAAUUGACCGUGAUGUGAAGGAAAAAGCUGAGCGUCUUCAUCACAUUGCUACUAUCAUAAAGGACAGAGCUCAAACCAAAUUGAAAACUGCUGCUGACAAGCAUUGGAGUGAUGGAGCCUUGGAGGCUGAUUUGCGCCUUGCUGACUUCCGCGCCAAGCAACGUGCAAUGGAAGAUGCUCUAAUGGCGUUGGAGUUUGUCAAAAAUAUCCAUGAAUUGAUGGUGAGCAAGAUGUACAAAUUCCCGCUGCGUAAGGAGGAAGGUUCACUAACUGCUAAUGGCAUACUGGGAAAUAUAAUGCUUGAGAAAAAUGGUAGGACACUGGACUUCUUCCCUGGAGAAGUAUCAACAGAUCGCAUUACUGCUAUUCAGGAAGCUUACUGGAGUAUGGCAUCUGCGCUCUCUGAAGCUGAUGGAAUUGACUAUACAGAUCCUGAAGAGCUCGAGUUGUUGGUUACAACUCUUAUAGAUCUUGAUGCAAUGGAUGGUAAGGGCAGUGUAUCGUUAUUGGCAGAAUGUUCAAAUUCUCCAGAUGUCAACACAAGACAAGCACUGGCCAAUGCGUUGGCAGCAGCCCCAUCCAUGUGGACUCUUGGAAAUGCAGGCAUGGGAGCCUUACAGAGACUGGCAGAAGAUAAAAACCCAGCCAUUGCCAAUGCAGCAUCCAAAACUAUCCAUGAGCUGAAGAAACAGUGGGAAAUACAGGAAGGAGAUAGUUGGAGGUUUAUGAUGAAUCAAAAACCAGUUGAAGAAGUAGAUAGCCAAGAAGACAAUAACGACGCAGAUACAGGUUGACAAGUACUCAGACACAUAUACUGUAGAUAUCUACAUGUAGGCUUAAAUAGUUGCAGGCUAACCCUUGUCACCAGAAAGUGACGGGUGCUAUUGCAAUGUAGAAGGCUGUCUUGUUCUAACUGUGCCUUGUUUUUAUCAUGUCUAAGCUGUGCUUAACUUUUCAUAUUUCAUAUGAGUGAUCUAUGAGAAUUCAAAGACAAAGUUGGUCUUAAUCUGUAAAAGCAGUGCAUGCUAACAUGGAAAAAUAUGUAUGGCCUCUGCCUAAUAUGAUACGAAUAAUGCUAGAGAUACUUGAAUUGUUACUAACAUAAAGUACUGAGCUACUUAAAUUGUUCUUAA